GGGCCUGCACAGGUCAACAGUCACCCCAGGGGUUCUCCUUGAGCACAGCGCCCCCAGGGGCCCUCUCAAGCAGUGGGGCCCCAGGAUCCUCCAGGGUGGGUUGCGCGCCCAGGUGCAACCCAAGGAUAGCGGCGACCCCAGGGGCCCUGUCGGGGCGGUGGCACCUGCAAGAGCCCUCCUAGGGGCGGUGGCGACCACAGGGGACCUCCCAGGGUGGUGGUCCUUCGAGAGACCCUGCCAGGGGCAGUGGGGCCCCAGAGGCAGUGGCGCCCCCAGGGAACCACCCAGGGCAGUGACGCCCAGGGCCCUGGCAGGUGCGGGUAUCGGCUCACCCAGUGGCUCUCCUUUACGGACCGGUGCCUCCAGGGGCUUUCCAGGAGCGGUGGCGCCAGGGGACCUCCUAGUGGCGGUGGCGCCUCGAGAACCUUCCAGGGUGGUGGCGCCCCCAGGGCCUCUUCUUAGGGGCAACGGUGCCUCCAGGGGCUAUCAGGGGGGUGGCACCCCAAGUGGCUCUCCCGGGGCAGUGGGGCCUGAGGACCUUCCAGGGCAGCGCGCUCCUAGGAGCCCUCAGGACAGCAGCGUCCCCAGUAGCGGUGGUGCCCCCAGGAGCCCUGGGGGUGGUGGUGCCCCCCAAGGGCCCUGCAGGGGCGGUGGCCCCACAGGGACCUUCUAG